AUGGCGAACGUCGGCGAGGGCUCUUCGGCACCUCCGAUAUCGACCGACGGCGUGAAGCCCGUCGUCGUUAGGGUGAAGCGGAAGUUGCACCAGUCUAUACUCGACGCCUUCUGUCAGUUCCCGCUUCUCUCCUCUUCCUGUUCUUUUAUUUACAGUAGCAGCUCGGUAAUCUCGCUGCAGACUUGUUCGAGGAGUUGUAGUAGUAAUGGGCUUGAGCGGAUUCUGAUUGCAGGGCUGGAAAUCAAUGAGCGUCCGUCUAAGCGCGCGACUUUUGAUUUGGCGAAGCUCUCGCUUGGCGAUUCCGCUAAUGGAAACGGAGAAGAAUCUAAGACUAGGAAGGUCCUUGUGCAGCAUGUUGAAACGAUCAGCACCUCGGAGUCCACCGUUCGUGUUGUGAAAUCGUUUGUGCCUAACUCUGUGGAUGUGGUUGAAGCUAAAACAACAACGGAGGACCUGAAACGGACCUUUAAAAGUGUCAAUCAAAUAGCCAAAAGUGCACGCUUCCAACAAAUAUGGAGCAAGCGGAAGGAAACAGAGGAAGCAGUGCAUGAUAUGUGUCAUUUCUAUGAUGUCAUUCGAAUUGAUGCCGAAUCCAGUCAGGAGAAGCAGAAACAAGCUCUGUCUGUGGAGGAUCAGAAGCUUCUUUCUAGUUAUUUGCCUUUCUUAAAGGAGUUGAUUCCGGAUGCUGCUGGGGAGAUUGAAGCUGAAAUUAGUGCUUCCACUUCCCAGGAAGAUGAGUAUGUGUAUGACUACUACACUGUGAAUAAUACCAUGGACAUAGAACACGAAGACACGCCUUUUCCAUUUCCUCUGGUGCAAGUUGAGGAUGAGGAUUUCUACGAUGGACUAGAUGACGAAUCUGAAUGCGACAGUGAAGAUUCAAAUGCUGAAAAUCAUCCAUUUAAUGAAUAUCCCGAUGAAAGUUCAGAAGCAGAAGACGAGUUGCAGAGUGAAGAUAAAAGUGACGACGAUGGAGAAGAAAACGAAGAAGGUGGAAUGGAAGAUGAAGAGGAAGCUGAUGAUGAUGAGAAUCGCAGUUUGCUGAAUGGUGAAGCCACGAAUUCCGAGGACCAGUAUGAAGCCUACGUUGAUAACUACCUUGAUCAAGCUUAUAGCUUUGCCAACGACGAACCUGAAAGUGAUGACGGCUACAGUGAAAGCGACUAAGAGCUCAGAGAAUCUUCCUGUCAAGUGAUGCAAAGAAUCUUCUGUCAUCAGCAAUUCCUCAAAACCCAGCGAGACUUGGUAGUAUCAGCAGUUGUUGGGAUUGGAUUUUUGGUGUAUAGCUAAUGUGUGCAGUCAUUGUUACUAGUUCACCAGCAUUCUGCAAGGAAUAUGUUUGCAUAGGGAAAAACACAUUUCUGGUGCAGCUUUGCUCCAUAAUCGAUCCUUCUUUUUCCCCCCCAAACAUCUCCAAUUCAUCAUUCUUUUUCAUUAACUCCUCAUCCUACAUCUUUUUCGCGACAUCUCGAAUACAUCCUUUUGUUUUUCUUUCACA